AUGUUAAAAGCUCAAGAACAUCGUUUACAGAACAAGCUUGAUCAGAUGAAUAAGUGUAAUAAGUUGAGAGUCAAAGCUCAAUCUGAUUCAUUUAAUGGUGAACUAAAGGAGUUGAAAGCUGUUGCGAAGGAACGCCAUGCUCUUUUUGUUCAAGAUGUAAAAACAGUUCGUGAGAAUGUUAAUUUCAAGAUCGAAGAACUUCGCAACGAUAUGGCAAAGGAAGUAGUAGAGUUGAAUCACAAUUAUUAUUCUCUUCGUACGAAGGUCGACAUCAUUGUUGAUGCUGUUACCAAGGUGAUUGAGUGUUAUACUUCUUUGGCUCCUAAAAUAGAGAAGAAGGCUGAGGUUGAUGUUCAAGCUUUUGAGAAGAUGGAUAAGUUGUUAACUGAUUUGAAAGAUUUAGUUUCAAAGUCUUCUUCAUCUUCGUUGUUAACUCCGGAAUUCUUAACUCAAAAGUUUCGUCUAUUGGAAUCUUCAAUUCACAAUGAAUUGGCCCCAAUUGCGAAGCUUGCUAACUUGAUGCCAACGGAUGCUCCACCUGUUUCCACAGAGGUGCAAGAGGGAGAAAGGAAAAGUGUUGGCAUGAGUUCAAGAACUGUUAAAGGAGAAGGUGCUUCUGGGAAAACUGAAGGAGAUGCGAAAGUUGUUGGUAUAGUCAAGUCCAAUCAGAUUCCCUCUUCGAUGCCUAAGAGUUAUGAUCCAAUAAUUUCUACAACAACAACAAUAACAAAGCCUAUAGUGAAAGGAAUUGUUAUUAGAAGGUCAAGCUCUUCUUGGAAACAACCACCGAAGGCAACUGAUAAAAGCAAGGGAAAAGGAAUAAGUGUUGAGCCUACGAAGGAAAAAAGGAAAGUUGCUAUUAAACGAAGGGUUUUUAGCCCAACGGUAUCAGGUGGUGCCCUCCCUUCUUGA